UGCUUGGCAGUGCCACAAUUGAGCGAGACGAUGGAAAGUGAUGGCGGGGUGGAGCCAUUGGCGAUAGGCCAUGCUACUAAGCUGCGAACGUUGAUCGAAGAAGCCACAGAUCAACGUGACGAGCUGCAGCAAACCAACGCUGCGCUCCAACGGAAGGUUGUGCCACUGUUGCAGAAGAAACAAGACGCUUCGGCGGAAAAGAAGGAUGACCGCCUGAGUUUGGUGGAGAAUGAAAAGCGCUACUACGACUGUCUGAAAAGCGUGCACGAGGCGCGGGCGCAACUGCUCACGGCGCAGACACAGUAUGACAAAAUUGCCAUGGAACUGCAGUCCCGUUUGGAUGAGAAAGAAUCCAAGGCGAACGAGAUUCAAGAAUCGUUCAUGGAGUUCAAACGCGAGGUGGCUCGAAGUGCCGAGAACACGCGGACGGGAAAGCCGAUUCCCAAACGCGUGAUUGCUCAAUUCGAAGUGGCAGAAAUGAAAAAAGACCAAGAAGUCGAAAAGGUUCGGUUAAAAAAUAUCAACUUGCGCACGCACUUGCGCAAGUUGGAGCAGCAAUUGCACGCGAAGGAGCAGCUGGCGGAGGGACUCCACUUGAUUGACUUUGAGCAACUCAAAAUUGAAAAUCAAACGCUGAACGAGAAGAUCGAAGAGCGGAACGAAGAGCUCCACAAGCUGCGGAAGAAGACCACGACGACAGUCCAAGUCCUGACACACAUCAAAGAAAAGCUGCAAUUCGUGUUGGUAGAGAACCAAAACCUGAAAAAAGACUUGGCCGAGUUAGACGAAGAUUUAACGAAAAACCGCGAUACGUUAACCAAGAAGAAGAAGGAGCGCGACGGCAUCCGGGCCAGCCAGCAGAAGAUGAAGCACCAACAAGGGUUUGGCAACUCGCAAUUGUUGAUGCAAGACUAUGAAAAGCGAAAGAUCGAUAUUGAAGACUACCAAGGACGACUGGCGCAGCUCAAGCAACGACUAGCGUACCUCACCAAAAAAACACCAACUCAAUCAGGCGAAGGGACGUCAAACUAACUGUAAAUAACAUUAACCGUUAUUAAUUAAGUUAGCUCAAGUUUGA